GCUUUCAUUGUGCGCUCGCCACUCGUGAUUAUCAGGUAACGUCGAUCGGACGGAAUUGCCCGCCAAACAAAAAAACACGUAUACGUACUGUUGCAGCCUGACAAGUUGGCAAGUCGCCAUUGUGAUCUAACAAGAAUUGUGAUCCUAGAACGGAAUUAAAAUGAGUUCAAAGUUCAAUCUGUGCCGCUGGACGCUGCUGGUCAUCGGAGUCUGCUGCCUGCUGGGCACCUCAUCGGGCAGCUUCUGCUCCCUGGAGAAAAUGAAGUUGUUCGCGAUGGAGGCAUGCGAGCACCUGUUCCAGCAGGACGAAGGAGCCCGCCGAGAGAGGAGGUCCAUCGAGUACCACCAUCACCAUCUCAACCGUCUGGGAUACGGCAAAACACACAACAAGCACCAUCAUAUAAGACGAAGCAGUUAUCCGGAGGGUGGCUAUCUGAAGGUGACUCGGGAGCACUUUAACCUCCUCAGCGAACUUGACAUCUUUCCGCGCUACAAGCCCAAUAAGCUGCACCACGAGAAGAAACAGCGUUUCAAAAGGGAUCACUCGGGCGUGAGCUAUAAUAAUAUCCCCUACUGCUGCUAUACCCAGUGCGACGAGGAAUUCUUCUGCUAAACGAGCUCCAGUUUGAUGCUCCACGUCGGUGCCAUCUGGUCAGCGUUAUCUGACUCCGUCCAUAGUUAAAGUUAGUUCUUAGAUGUACAUUCUGCAAGUCGCGCUCACUCUUAUAGAGUACCUUAAUUGUGCCCUCUGCAAGGGACACGAAUUCAUAUACAGUAUUUAUACACCUAGAUAGUAAGCUAAUAAACAAUCGAAUACGGAAACUGA